GACACUGGAGAGGGUUAGAGUAGGAGGGACGGCACCCUGGAGAGGCACAGACGCUGGUGGGAAUUAUCUGGGAGAAGUUUAUCUUGGUGCGGCACUUUCCUCUGUGGUUCAGGGGAACACGGCCUCGCGGCGAGGGGAAGAGGCUCAGUCACUUUGUGACUCUGAAGGAAAUGAAUGUUAACAGGUGUCUCUGCUGGGUUCACUGAUUGAGCAGAGGACACAAUUGUGAGGCAUCAUGGGAGACUGGAACUCGCUGGGGAAGCUGCUGGAGAAUGCCCAGGAACACUCCACCGUGGUGGGGAAGGUCUGGCUCACCGUGCUGUUCAUCUUCCGCAUCCUGGUGCUGGGAACGGCGGCGGAGAAGGUGUGGGGCGACGAGCAGUCGGGCUUCACGUGCGACACCAAGCAGCCCGGUUGUCAGAACGUCUGCUACGAUAAGACCUUCCCCAUUUCUCACAUCCGCUUCUGGGUGAUGCAGAUCAUCUUCGUCUCUACGCCCACGCUUAUUUAUCUGGGCCACAUCCUUCAUCUGGUCCGCAUGGAGGAAAAGGAGAAAGACAAGCUGAAAGAACUCACAGUCCAGAGCGAGAAGCAUAACAAUAAAGCCAAGAAGGCCACAAUUAAAGACAACACAGGCCACGUGCGUCUGCAGGGCGCGCUGCUGCGAACCUACGUCUUCAACAUCAUCUUCAAGACCCUGUUUGAGGUUGCCUUUAUCGUAGCUCAGUACUUUCUGUAUGGGUUUGAGCUGAAACCGAUGUACACCUGCGACCGCUGGCCUUGUCCCAACAUGGUGAACUGCUACAUCUCCAGACCCACCGAGAAGACGGUCUUCAUCCUCUUCAUGCUGGGCGUGGCCUGCGUUUCUCUGCUGCUCAACCUGGUGGAGAUGUACCACCUGGGAUUCACCAAAUGCCACCAGGGUCUCCGCUACAGACGCACCAAGGCCGCGGGCGAGGCCGCCAAGGAAUUCAACGAGCCGGUCAUGCCCUUCGCGCCAAACUACCCCUACUUCCCCGGCCACACGGCCGUGCACGAGCCGUUCCCCGUGGACUCCAAGUACAACAUGGCGGAGCCCAACUCGCCUUACAGCCCCUACAACAGCAAAGCCGUUUACAAGCAGAACAGAGACAACAUGGCCGUGGAGAGGAAGGGCAAAGCGGAGGAAGACGAAUCGGAGAAGGUGAAGCCCUCCGGUCCCGCCUCUGAGAAUCCUGCUGAGAACCAGCGCAGAAACAGUCAGUCAAGCAAGCACAGCAACAACAAGAACAGACUGGAUGACCUGAAGAUCUAAAGAGCUCCUACCUUUUAAUCCAAGACUCCGAACUGCAGGAGAGACCACUAACGCGCGUGAAAAUACGUGCAGAACUGUUAAAUACACGAGAGAUCACAGUAUAGCGCUAACAUGAGGACGAGGAACACUCCACCACUUUACAUCAGGGUUUAAUGGCAGUAGAAGUAAUGUAUAAAUUAUUUGGAGAUAACUAUCUCGGAGGACUUUGUGUCCUCUGUGAUGUAUCUGCAGGUCAUUUCAAAUAUCCUCAGAUAUGGAGGGGUGAACCCGGUAAGAGGUGGAGUACAUCCCACACAGGUCGUCCCUCCAUCACAGAGACAAGCGAGACAGACGAGUGCACAGCCAUGCUCCCUCCUCCCUCAUCGAUCCCACGUAUCUGUGGACUGUAGAGGGAAACUCUGCUGAUCAAUGUUUGGAAUUAAAUUCAGUUAUUACGUGUGUAUUAUGCGGUUCGUUGAGCUUUUUCUACAACCACACAGCUCUAACCCCUCGACGCCGGAUGUCACGUGACCUCUGCGCCGACCCAGAAUCAAAUCAAUAACAGAAAAUAGAUCAAUACAAUUGAGGUUAGGCCUUGAAAAAGGGUACUUCAACAUAUGGUGCCGCGUGAACACUAUUACUACUUAGUUUACCUGCUGAUUCAGGGCUUCUCCAAAUAUCAGGUCAUGCAACUGCUCUUUUGUAAAUGAUAAUCUUUGAAUUUUGUAAACUUUAUGAAAAUAAUGAUAAUAAUAAUGAAGUGCUAGCCACUCUCCCAGACUAAGAUUGCUUUUCUUUCUGUCUUGUUUAUGUUUACAAUGCUCAUUAUGAGCAUUUUUACUAAUUAACUCUAAGGAGAGCAGAAACACAACUACAUUACAAGCACAACGUCAAAUCUCCUGAUUUCCAGUGCGUUUAGGUUUAUUUUGAAUCUCCGACCUUUGAAACUGUAUUUACAACUGAUUUAUCCAACUAGUGAACCAACAAAGAUUGAACUAUUCCGUUAUGAAAGAAGCUGAUGACAAUUUCAGCACAAGCCAUAAAAGGAAGUUGUCAGACGGAGAAAACAGCAGAAAGACGGAGGAGAAGCUACUUGGUGAGUUCUGCUGUUGUUGCAGAUAACUAACCAAACAUGGUCUGUUCUUGACUCACACAAAGAUGUUAAACUCCAGCGGAGGUUGAUUCAGCAUCCCAUCAAAAAUAUCAGAGAAGACUCAUAGGUAUACAAUUUUUUUUUUUUUUUUUUGACUGCUGUUUUGCAAUUUUGACCCCCAAACAGCUAGAUUCUGAUUUUAAAUGAAUUUCAAUUAGAUCCCACUCCCGGUAUGAUUUUUUUUUAAAAGAAAGAAAAGUGCAGUCAUACCUAAAGUAUUUACAAGACUAUUUGAAGUUAGAACUGUGAAAUAUGCAAUUUUCAGGAAAAUAGUUUGGCAUUUUCAAGAAUGAAUCACGAGUUCAGUGGGAUUCAAAGAUUAUCCAGUUCAUAAUCCUUGGUCACUUCAUCUGAGACACUUCUGCAGCCUGGACAGAUGUCGUUAAAUUAAUGCAGUGUUUCAUUUCCAUCUAAAAUAGCUGACAAACAUUUCAAAUUUUAAUACUCUUUCUAAAAAAUGAUAUAAGCAGGCUCUGGACCUCUGGGAUUGCUUUACCCCCCGGUGGUGAUGCAACACGGCCACCGCUUGCCUCGUCUCAGUCAGCUGUCAAUGCUCACCUUGAGUUUUGGUCAUUUUUGUUGCCCAUUAUCUUACAUCUUAUUUUUAGUUCAGAUUUUUUGAGAUUUGUUGUUGUUUACAGAUGUUUAACUUAAACAAAAACUUUGAGAAGCACAAGAAACACAUCAGAAGUGUACUUGAAUGAUAUAAAAUGAGUUGUCUACGUGUUUUAUUGCUUUGUUCCUGUGUGUUACUGUUGAUACAUGUCGACAUACAGAUUUGUAGACACGACACAGUAUUCUGAUACACAGUGGAUUUGAUUUAUUGACAUACUUGUGACUGUUUUUGCAGCGUGUCUCCUGCUGGAGACAGAGGACAACGUUGAUGUUGGUGUGAGGCAAAUAAAAAGUGCAGACUCACAAAUGCAUCAUUCAUCCCACUGCACGGCAAAUGUCACACUUCCAGAGCCAAACUAUGCGUAGAUGAUCAUCACAUAAGCCUUUCAUAGCUGCUUUAAUUCACUGACUUUAGUACAUAUAACAUCAUGAGAUCUUCCUGUCAACUAUUUAAAACAUUUACAUUAAUUGUCUGACUUCUUUGAAAAGCUCAGGUUUGAGCAGCAGCUGUUCGUUCUUUGUUUAAUAUGUCCAACUUGCGACUAGACGCAAAUUAAUUUCAUGAUUAUUAAAAGGAGGUAAGAAAA